AUGCACAACGACGCGUUGCGCGACUAUCCAUCCGCCGCCAUCAUCACCUACAUAAUUGAUGCCGCCCAAGAUUCUAAUGUUUCAGCAGCCUCCGUCAAACCAUGUGAUGCGGGUUGGCGUUACUUUCCUCACACUAAAUCUUGCUACAAACUAAUAGACGAAGAAUUGCCGUGGUCAGCUGCUGAAUACAGAUGCCUCUUCCAGGGUGCACAUCACACCUCGAUUGAGAGUGCCGCCGAGAAUCAGUUUGUUCACGAACUGUCACGACGCAGUGAGAUGUGGACCGGUGCUGCUUACUUCGGAAAUUCAUACGUGAACUCGGACCGCAAGCCAUAUGGACGAUACACAAACUGGAAAGACGGCAUUACUCCACCUAAGAAUCGUGCUCGGCGAUGCAUUAAGUUGGACCGCGAUGGUAAAUGGUUCCAAUCGUGCUGUAGGAAAGUCAGCUUGACGGUUUGCGAAAAACCAGCUGCCUAUUCUUGGGAGUCGAUAAAGUCGACAAACAAUUUGACCGGAUUUCGCCGUUUUAAAUUUAGUCGAUUCUAA